CAUAAGUUGACACUAAGCGGCCCUUCAGUCUCGACUUCAGACAGGUUCAUAUUAACUUUUUCAAGUCUUAGACCAAGGAAGCGACUCACAGCACCGCACCGACUUCAGGCAGCAUCCUUCGAGCAGUCAUCCCCAGGAUUUUAAAGAUGACAAGCAGUACUAACGGAUCAACCUCAAAAGGAAAGACUACAGAUCCUGAGCGCAUUCGUAACAACCAGCGACGUUGUCGCGCGCGCCAGAAAGAAUACAUCGCAAGCCUCGAGGAUAAGAUCCGUCAAUACGAAAACGGCAAUAUGGAAUCUGCAACCGAUCAAAAGCUAGAGCAGCUAGAAACAGAAAACAAGUCGCUCAAACGACUCUUACAGUCUCUGGGGUUGCGCGAUGACUUUCUCAAAGUUUACAAUAAUGCGGCCCACAUCGCUCCAAAUAUUUCGCGGGUUCUACUAGAUAACGAAAGUGGUUCCCAAGUCAAACUCUGCUCGCCUCAUUUCCUGUCUAUGAAUAGUCUACAGCCGCACUUGACACAAAUCAUGAGCCACGAAGAACAAGCACAAUGUACACCUGGAUCAUUAGGUCCAGAUGUCAUAGCUUCAACUCAGAUGUCUCGAGAUUCGCUCCAACUCGCUUCACCUCUCUCAUGGGAGCUUCCCACCUUUCCUACUGCUUCAACUUCUGCCUCGGAGUUGCUGCAGACGGAUGUCCAUGCUGAAGGCGUUGGUCAGUUGACUAUGGAUUCUUUGAUGAUACAAGCAUUUAGUAGUGCAGUACCCGCAGAAAAUGUAUCAGACACGACGACUCUCUGCUCCUGGGCCUUUUCGCUUGUUCUUAAGAAUAACUUGAAAGGUUAUAGCGCCGCAGACUUGGAUCUCAAGCUUCGCGCAGGAUACAGGCAUGGUGCCACACCAACUGAGGGUUGCCGCAUCGAUAACAAAAUAUUACUCACUGUCCUUGCGGAAGUCUCGUAGAACUCGACCCAGUAAUUCCGGUACGCUGGUGAUGAAUCAUAGUGAUAUUCUGUAAGUUGGUCUAGCGUGUUCACUCGCCAGGCAGAUUGUGCAAUUGAUGGCUGAUGGCGAUUUUAUUUGGAGAGCUUGGGAUUUCAUUGCAUAAUGUAUUGGAUAAGUGCACAUAUUCUGCACUUUCCGUUCCAACACCAUUUCUAACACAAAGCUACAAGCCUCAUCUAAUCUUUGCAUGAUACCGUUAGGAAUUGGUAAAUUAGGGGUACGGCGCCGACGAUGUGAUGGCAGCCUUUCCACCCUACAAGACUUCUACAAGCCGUGCUUCUCUCGACGGGGGCAAUUUCU